CACAAAUCCAGGCCACACGAGACACGCCGUUGUCCCAUCAUUGCUUUGUGGUUGUUGUGGUUGUCUCCUGUCUUGCUAUGCAUCUCACAGAACUAGAUCAGGAGUGUUUGCUACACCUUUUUUCAUACCUAGACAAGGACAGUCGCCGCAGUCUGUCCCUAACCUGCGUACGACUAAGACAGGUCUUCCUGGACCCACAGCUGUGGACGCUACUUCACUUCAGGUCUCCGUGCGAGCUGAGGAGGGACAACUAUGUUCUGGGCCCUUCGCUAAGGUACCUGACUGUAUGCUGGCACUCGAGCAGGGUCAAAGUGUGCAACAUUGAGGACUGGAUGAAGACCACAUUCCAGAAGGACCUCUGCAGGAAGCACGAGAGCCUCGUCAAUGACUUCCUGGAGCGUGUUUGCCACAUGUGUCCAAAUCUACUCUCGCUGACUCUGUCUGGAUGUGGGCACAUUACGGACCGUGAUGUUAUUAACGCGCUACAAAGCUGCAGGAGGCUACACAGCCUUAGUCUAGAAAACUGCACUCGGAUGACUGACUCUGUCCUUCAGGCUGUUGUGGACCACGGCCACAGUCUCACAGACGUGAGGGUGGACUUCUGUCGUAACGUGACCCAGGCAGGGCUGCAGGAGGUCAGGGACAAGAGACCAGAAGUGCACCUGAGCGCGUUACACAGUGCCGAUAUGAUUCCAGACAGCAAGCCUGAGGAGAAAACACAGAUCAGGAGAGCUCUGCAGAAGUUCUUGAUCUUCUCCUGACAGCUAGAGGCUACCUAGAGACCUCGUGUCAAAUUGAGGUUCACAGCACUGUCCAGUGCAAUUAUGGUCCAGUUUUGUUUUUUCACUGUUUCUUUUGUAAUUUCAAGUUUCCAUGAAAGUCAGUCUUCAUCUCGGAAGUUUUCAUUCCAGUUUCAUUUUCCUUGUUUACAUUCAGUCUUCCAACCUUUCUACUAUUUUAUUUUAUCACCAAAAUUCAUUCUCCUUUCAAACUCAUUUUUUGUUUCUUCUCUGGGUUGUUUUUCAUUUGUUUGUUUGUUUGACAAUUUGGCUCCCUGAAAUGACUCAGCGGUCAAGUACACAGUACAAAGACUAAGUAUUCAAUAUGCAGGGCAGUGGCCCAGUCCAAAAAUUUCAACCAAAUAUUAGGUUUUGAUAAUAAAACAUUUGCAAACUCUGUGAAAGACAGUAUUUAUUAAAAGCACAGCAUGUUUUGGUUGCAUAAUCUAGGUUAGUUCUGGAACAACUCAUAGCUGGUUAUCCUCAUUGCGGGUUUUGGACUUCCUCCUAAUUAUGCAAGAACAAUAUUUGACAGAGCACAGGUUUACAUACAGCCUUUCUGCAUGACAUUUAUUAAGCAAUAAGGUACAAGAGGCCAUACUACAUUGUGAAUAUAAUAUAUAUAUAUAUAUACACAGUAUAUAGGAAUAACACACCAGAGGUACAAUAUUCACUAUACACCAUGGCAUUACGUGCCUUACUGCAUUUAUUAUUUAUGCAUUUAGCGGAUGCUUUUAUACAAAAGAGGAACAAAGCAUUGUUAUCACUUCUGUAAAACUAUAUUUCAUUAAGAAAAUUAAUUAAUUCAUCCUGUAUUAUAAAACCGUUGUUUGCUCAUUGGUCAAAGCAGCAUUUCAUCCAUACUAAAAUACACAGUAUAAGAAAACCUAGCUACCCAUAGAGACCAAAUAUUAACCUCAGAUAACUGAGAUCUCUUAUAUAUCUCAAUAAUCUUCUUCUUAGGUCCUUCUGUGCUACAAGGCACAUUGGGCAGCAAGCAAAUUCUACUGAUAGCGAUUGGCAGCAUGAGAUUCAACUUCUUCCCAUUUAACGCCAGCUCGCUUUAAAUCCUCUUUGAAUGUUCUUCGCCAGGUCUUCUUUGGCCUUCCUCGCCUUCGCCGUCCACUGGGCGGCAUCCAUGCCAUUGCAAUUUUUGCCAGGCGUUGUCCUGGUUGCCGCAGGAUGUGACCUGUCAAAACUCAGUUAUACCAAGGAAUACAUUUUCUAUAGGAGAAUGAUGAGAACUUAAUGUAUUUGCAAUGUGCAUGUCUUUUUAAGAUAUGCAAUAUAAAUACAUUUCAGUAUAAAUACAUUCCAUAUUUUACAUGGCAUAUUAGCAUUGACAUUGUCCCAUAUAUUCAACUCUGUGAAUGCAUAAGGUAAUUUGGGGAUUUUUCUACUAUCAUGCAUUUUUAGACAUCCUACUUCAUUUGAAAUACUUUAGAUGAAAUGAGUUUCAAGGAAAAACAUUUUUGGACACAGAAUAUUUCUUCACCAAUUUGCUAAAUUGCUUGGCAACAAAAAAGCUAUGUUUAGACUUAUUAACUGUAUUACUUACAAGUUAUUCCAGCUAUUAAUAAAUUAAACAUUGGUGCCUUUUAUCAUAUUGCUGUUUUAUAACAGCAAUAAUCUUUUAUAGCUAUAUUUUGUCACAGCUUUAUCAAAGCAUCAGGACCGGAACUAUCUGUUUUAUAACAAUAUUUGCAGGCUUUGUGCAGAGGUUUGGAUAUAAAUUAAAGAGCUAAUGUAAUUUUUAUUUUAGAGGACGCAAGGAGACGAGCUGUAGCUAUCUUGUCUUAAAGGAGAGUUAUGACCUAAAGCCUGCACAGAGUUAUUUGAGGCCAUGUUGGACGUCUUCCAGCGUUGUGAUUAGAAACAUAUUAUGUAAGAGCUGUAGAGUGUAGAAGUAGGUUUGCCAGUGUCUGUGUUGUCCACGUGACCAUGCUAUUUUGCGUCGUAAUUGCAGCGAAAAUAGAUGUUCUUGCCUCUUGGAGUCACAGAAUUUGUUCUUCCUCGAUUAUGCCUGUUUGACCUUUUUCAAGUGUAUGUAAUUCAGUCAAACACACAAGUAGAGUUUCCUCAACUCCUCAGGGCAUCAUCAAGGCUGCAUGAAGAACAAUCGCACAUUCUGUCCCUAAAUAGUCCGUAAUAUUAUUGGAGAUAUAUUUAGAAAAACAAAAUAAUCUGUAAUGUGUCUUAACAGAAAGUCCCUUGUUUCAAAGCCAGCGUUCUCCACAGGAUGUUCCUCACGAUGGAUUGAAGGCUGGAGGGUGAAAUAAUAUUGGGAUAAUUCUUUCUUUCUCUCUCAUUCCUGUUAUCUGUAUCUCUUUCCAACUCUCACUCUCUUUCUUUUGCUCAAGGUUUUGCACUCAAGUUACAUAAGGAAAAAAACUCAAGUAAUGCCUUUAAUUAUGUAAUGUCAUUUAUCGUUGUAAAAAAAGCCUGUUAUUGUGUACUUGAAAUGAAGACGGUUAGAUAACAUCCGUCUAAUCAAUGCUUUAUAAAAAUUCCCAUGACCAGGACAACAAGGAGGGCCUGUGACUCGUGGUCCACCCAUAAAACUCUCAUCUCGGCCCUGUGAAGUCAAGAAAUGGUACUGGCCGUGACAUUUUGUAAGACUUCGAGAGGUCAAAUGAGUGGCAAAACAUGAUCAGCAUGCUGUGAUUGCCUAAAUCUACUCAAUCAGGUAUUUCUUUGUUGUGGAUGUCAAUCCAUUCCAAGUGGUUAUGUAAUCUGGUUAAUGUUUCUCAAGCGUUUGAUAAUGUCAGGGGUCCAGCAAACAGAUUUAGAAAGGUGGAAAACUUUAGACACUAUUUAUGUGCACGAUCACGUGUAAGCAAUUAGGCAAUGGAGCCAAGAAACUGCAGUGGCCUUUCAAAGAAAAAAGUUUUUCACGCUACUAAUGCUAGAGUGUAGCCCUUGUAUUUUCUCAAAACAGAGAACUAGUUAACACCCAAGGGCAACAGUAAGUUUAGUGUUGAUUGGCUGUAGACAGCAUUGGGCCGCUAAUGUGUGUGAUCAGCCUGAAGCUACACUGGUUGCAGUAAACCGUCGGAUCUGUGUAGUCUACAAUGGGCAUGCACAAUCUCUGAGGAGGUCAUAAAGCACAUUGCAACGUCUAUUUCUUCUAUUUUGUUUUUUAAAAGCUUUCAGCCAAUGAUGAGUAUCAGAAACAUCAUUUAAAAAGCUAUUUUUAUUUUGAUAGAAAACAAUCAAACACCUAUCACCCAUCUAAAAUGUUGUAUAGGUAGUAAUGGCAGACAAACAGUUGCUAGGUCUUGCAAAAGAGUUUAAACUUACUUAAAAACAGCAAAUUCUUGAGCAAUCGAUGUUUAGGCCUGUUUUUGCAAACUUUGUCAGGUAUUCGUAACAAAGUUGUAUGAGAUGGCAACAUAUUGUGAUGCCAAUGUUUGGGUCUUACACACUUUCUCAGGUAUUUUUUAGAAGUUCGUAAAAGCCAACAUUUAAAUACAGCAAUGUUACAAACUUACGAACUUCUGGCAUUUGUAAAAAAAAUAAAAAAGGUCAUAAAAGAUGGCAACUUAAUGAGACAUCAACUUUUCGCCUUUGCAAACUUUGUCAGGCAUUUUCGAGAAGGUUGUAAAAGGAGGCAACACAUAAAUACAGCAAUGUUACAAACUUUCAAACUUAAGGUAUUUGUAAAAAGUUGGCAACGUAUUAAAAUGCCAAUAUUUUUGCCUUACCGACUUCAACAGGCAUUCACAAAGGGCCUUAGAUGCAGCCUUCCAGUAUUGAGAAAGCAAGAUUUUGGUAUUUUAAAGUUAAUCAGGCAUUCAUACAAUAAAAAUGGUGUAAGAGACAGUAAUAUAUUGAGACAGAAACUUUCAGGCUCACAAUCUUCACCAGGCAUUCGCAAGAAUGUCACAAAAGACAGCAACAUAUUGAGACAGCUACAUUUUGAAGGUCUUAAGACCUUAAAAAUGUGAGACAAAGCUCAAAAUACCAUAACACUGUCUCAAUAAUAAUUUUUUUGGCAGGCAUUUGUAAGAAUAAGGAAGGUUCAUUUAAAAUCAUUUAAUUCUUGCAGAUUUUGUCAUGCAUUAUAAGAAGGUCAUCUAAAUACUAUACAUUGUCAACGUUUUUACAUCUGUAAGACCAAAAUGUUGCCAUUUUUAUUCAACUUCCUUAUAAAUUCUUUAAAAAUGUCAUUUGACUUCU